CAGGUGACAGGCUGACAGCUCACAUUCGUGUCACGAAGCAGUUCCAUUAUAACUGCAGAAAGUCACCUUAUCAGCUACUGGAGAACAUCUUGGGCUAGGAGGACAUACAAUACCCUCUUCUAUGAUUUUAAAUAUUGAUCAGGACUCCUAAUACAUAUAAGUUGUUACAGAAUGUCCUAUGGAGAAACUGUUGGGCACCCAAUGUAUAACCUCUGUGGGCAGGUUCAAAGCUCCAGUUCCCAGCUAAGCAGUCUGGAUGGAAAUAGGAAGUCUGCAACCUUGCUGGAAGUAAGAGGAAACUUAAACAAUAUGCAUUACUCUUCAGUGGCCUUGGAUUCAGACACCACAGUGACUAAUGGAUCCGGAAUUCCCUGUAACACUGAGGAAAGCACGAAGGCUUUAAGACGAAGUGAAAUCCACAGGGCCUGCGCAACAAAGUGUUUCUAUGACCGUUACUUAGCUAAAACUAGUAUGCAAGGAGAUGUCUACAACUUCCUGGAAAGGCCUAGUGGAUGGAAGUGUUUUAUCUAUCAUUUUACUGUAUUUCUCUUGGUGCUGAUUUGUUUAAUAUUCAGUGUACUGUCUACUAUAGAGCAUUAUUCAGAAUUUGCCACGGGGACCCUUUUCUGGAUGGAAAUAGUCCUGGUUGUGUUUUUCGGUGCUGAAUAUUUGGUCCGAUUGUGGUCUGCAGGUUGCAGAAGUAAAUAUGUUGGCUUCCAGGGAAGGAUACGUUUUGCCAGAAAGCCAAUAUCAAUUAUUGACUUGAUUGUGGUAAUAGCCUCAAUUAUCGUUCUCAGCGUAGGAUCUAAUGGGCAAGUGUUUGCUACCUCUGCAAUCAGAGGGAUCCGCUUUCUCCAGAUACUUCGCAUGCUUCAUGUAGACCGGCAGGGUGGCACCUGGCGACUACUGGGGUCGGUCGUUUUCAUACAUCGUCAGGAACUCAUAACUACACUAUACAUUGGAUUCUUGGGAUUAAUCUUUUCAUCCUAUUUUGUUUAUCUUGCUGAGAAAGAUGCUGUUGAUGAAGAUGGAAAGACAGGUUUCUCUAGUUAUGCUGAUGCCCUUUGGUGGGGUGUGGUUACAGUCACAACAAUUGGUUACGGAGACAAAGUGCCACAGACGUGGAUUGGGAAGACUAUUGCUUCCUGUUUUUCAGUGUUUGCAAUAUCUUUCUUUGCUCUGCCAGCAGGCAUUCUGGGUUCUGGCUUUGCCCUAAAAGUACAACAGAAACAACGCCAAAAACAUUUCAAUAGACAAAUCCCAGCUGCAGCUUCCCUCAUUCAGACUUUGUGGCGGUGUUAUGCAGCGGAGAAAUCAUGCAGCUCUACAGCAACGUGGAAGAUCUAUGUUACGACACCUGCUCAAAAUCCGCAAAAAACACCAGCGCCAUCUAGCCCUAGUCUGAGAAAACAGACUAAAAGAAGCAAAAGGAAAGGGAAAUCAGGCUUUGGUAAUGGCUCUGCACCUGUAAUAAAUCCUGGAGAGACCUCCCUGUCUGUUCCACAGAUCACUUAUGACCAUGUUGCUGAACAAGAAGACAAAAAGGAUGUGUCUUUCUAUAUAGAAGAACCAGGAGUAAAAAGACGUGUGGAUGGGAACCCUCACGAAAUGUCAAGGGCCAACAGUUUCAUCGAUGACAUUGAUCUUGUAUCUGAGGAGUCGCCACUGCCAGCUGUGACUGAUGUGGCACAAUUAACUGAAGCUCAUCAAACAGCUGUAAAAGUAAUCAGAAGAAUGCAAUAUUUCGUAGCUAAAAGAAAAUUUCAGCAAGCUCGGAAACCAUAUGAUGUUCGCGAUGUGAUUGAGCAGUACUCGCAGGGACACCUCAAUAUGAUGGUUCGGAUAAAAGAACUUCAAAGAAGAUUGGACCAUUCCUUGGGAAAACCAGGCCUUUUCCUCCCAGAAAAAGGGGUAGACAAAGGAUACUAUACUGUAGGAGCCAGACUGAUCCGACUAGAGGAUAAGGUCAUGCAGAUGGACCAGAAGCUAGAUGACAUCCUUAAUGCGCUCCAGGUUCAGCUUGGGGAUCAGCCACGGACACAGAUGUCAGGGCCAGCCACCCCACCUGUCAGACAGUUACAGACAGCCUUGGAUUCCACUCCCAGCAACCAGAAAAAUUAA